AUGGAGAUUAAAGUGGAGAUCUUAUCAAGAGAAGUAAUCAAACCAUCUUCUCCAACUCCAAAUGAUAAGAGAAUUCUCAAUCUCUCCCUUCUUGAUAUCCUCAGCUCACCCAUGUACACAGGUGCACUUCUCUUUUACUCUGCAGAUCCUCAUAACCCUCUCGGUUCUUCAUCAGAAGAAACAUCCUUGAAGCUCAAGAAAUCUCUGUCUAAAACAUUACCAUUCUUCUACCCUCUUGCCGGAAGAAUCAACGGAAGUUUCAUCCAAUGUAAUGAUGAAGGAGCUGUGUUUAUAGAAGCUAAAGUAGACCAUCUUCUCUCGGAGUUUCUCAAGUGCCCUGUUCCUGGAUCACUGGAGCCACUCAUUCCUCUUGAAGCUAAAUCAAGAGAAGCAGUUACAUGGCCUGUGUUGCUAAUCCAGGCCAACUUCUUCAGCUGUGGAGGAUUAGUUAUCACAAUAUGUGUUUCUCAUAAGAUCACUGAUGCAACAUCAUUAGCAAUGUUCAUCAGAGGAUGGGCUGAGACAGCAAAAGGUUUGGGGAUUACAUUGGUUCCUAGUUUCACAGCUUCAACGUUCUUUCCUCCACCUCCUGAUGAGCUUCCCUUAAAACCGAUGGAUCAUAAAGUAGAGGUUGAAGAGAUGAAAUGUGUAACAAAGAGGUUUGUAUUCGAUACCUUAAAGAUCAAGAAACUUAGAGACAAAGCUUCAAGCAGCAUUGUCAAGAAUCCAACUCGUGUUGAAGUGGUUACAGCUCUUUUCUGGAUAUGUGCAAAUAAGGCUUCUAGAUUGAUUUCUUCAACAACAAGAACUUCAGUGCUGCUGAUACCGGUGAGCAUACGAGGGAAGCUAGAUUCUUUGCCUGAGAACACAAUUGGGAAUAUGCUUUCCAUAAUGAUCCUCAAGAACCAAGAAGGUAUGCUAGAUGAGAUUCAAGAUGUGGUUAAUGAGUUAAGGAAAACAAAGGAAAUCUUUAGCUUGAACUGCAAGGAAAUGUUGAGAUCCUCUUCAAGAGUUCUUGAGUCUUUGAAAGAGAUUGGGAAAGCAUAUGGAAGAGGGAACGAGAUAGACUUGUGGAUGAGUAAUAGCUGGUGUAAGCUAGGCAUGUAUGAGGCUGAUUUUGGAUGGGGGAAGCCGGUUUGGGUGACCGGAAGAGGUACGUCUAGUUUCAAGAACUUUAUGUUGUUGAUUGAUGCUAAAGAUGGAAAAGGAAUUGAAGCUUGGAUCACUCUUGUGGAAGAACACAUGUCACUCUUUGAACAAGAUGAAGAGCUUCUUGAAUCAGCUUCCUUGAAUCCCCAAGUUUUGAUCUAAUAACACAUCAUGGUGAUUAGAUACCAUUAUGUAUAUUGUACCUAUAUAAGUGAACAAGAAACUUGCAAACCUGAACUAGUUCAAAGAUUUGGUUUUGGAUAUUAUAGAGAUAAGCAUGUAGUCUUUAGAGAUAAAGAUAACUAUGGCUUAGUCAUUAUCUACAUAUGUAUUUCACAUUGUGACGUGUAUAUAUACUCGUCUUUGUACGUUAAUAAGAUCAACA